UUUCCGGCGAACGCUGUUGCUGCUCUUCUUCCACCGGUGAGUCGCGAUUCUAACUAACGAUUUACUGGUUCAAUAAUGGAAGGCGAAGGAGGGGGAGACUCCAGUUUGAACCUCAAUUGUAGCAGCAUUCCGGAUUUCUCGCGCAGAAGCCACUGCGACGCCGAUUUUUGUAUUACUCACGUGUCUGGAUCAUCGGAGCCGUCGACGGAGCGGAAGAAGGUGAAUGACCAAAUGGCGGAAAUCGGUGGUAGAUGUGAGGCCUCCGGUGCUCCGGCGAGAACUCCUACUGAUCUGACCAUGAGUGCGGUCAGUGCGGCGUUGAAACUUCAGAAGGUUUACCGGAGCUAUCGCACUCGGCGCAUGUUAGCUGACUCCGCUGUGCUUGCGGAGCUAUGGUGGCAGGCUAUAGAUUUUGCUCGAUUAAAUCACCGUACAAUUUCGUUCUUCAACUACACGAAGCCAGAGCCUGCUGCAUCAAAAUGGAAUCGUGUAGGCUUGAACGCUUCCAAGGUGGGGAAGGGAUUGGCUAAAGAUGGCAAGGCACAAAAAUUGGCUUUUCAGCACUGGAUUGAAGCUAUCGAUCCUAGGCAUCGGUAUGGGCACAACUUACAUUACUAUUACGAUGAGUGGUGUAAAACUAAUGGCGGUCAGCCUUUCUUCUACUGGUUGGACUUGGGAGAUGGCAAGGAGGUCGAUCUCAAAGAGUGUCCAAGAUCGAAGCUUCGUAAGCAAUGCAUCAAAUAUCUUGGACCUAAAGAAAGAGAGCAUUAUGAAUAUGUGAUCUCCAAAGGAAAAGUUUUGCACAAACUAACCGGAAAACCUCUAGAGACGGACUACGACGAUACAUCUGCAGGAUCGAAAUGGAUUUUUGUGAUGAGCACUUCUAAAAGGCUCUACACAGGAGAGAAAAAGAAGGGAUUGUUCCAUCAUUCGAGCUUUCUCGCGGGAGGAGCCACUUUAGCUGCUGGCCGUCUCAGUGCAAAGAAUGGAGACCUUAAGGGCAUCUCAGCCUACAGCGGACACUACAAGCCAAGCGACGAAAGCCUUGACAUCUUCCUCUCAUUCCUCAAGGAAAAUGGUGUCGACUUGAAUCAAGCCAAGAUAUGCAAGGGAAACGAGGACUACUCCGAAAACAUCGAAAAUAGCAUGGAUGGAACAUUUCAAUGCGAGCAAACGGGAGCGCUAGGCGAAUUCAACAAGUGCGAUCAGCUUCGUGUGGCCUCCAAGGCCGAGGAGAAGAGAUCUUUAUCAGGCGGGGUUCAAAGUUCCAAGGCAGACGUGCCGAGGAGCGCCAUAAUGGAAAGGAUCAACUCGAAGACGACGAGCUGGCGGUCAUACCAAUUAGGCCAUCAAAUCUCCACCAAAUGGUCGACCGGCGCCGGCCCCAGAAUCGGGUGCAUCGGCGAUUACCCCGUGGAGUUGAGGCUACAAGCACUCGCAUUCACUAAAAUCUCUCCCGCGCCUCUCCUUUCGCCUCCUGCCAACGACGACAGCAUCGCUAAACCAUCGUGAAUUAAUGAUCAUCCUCUGUUGCAUCCACAGCUUCUUCUCGGUAUUCAUAUAUAUAUAUAUAGCUUUUUAUUCUGUAUUUGUGUGUGUAUUUUAAUCUGCCUUUGAAAUCUGCAUUCUAAUGGCUAGUUGGAUAUAUAUAUAGUUCUAUACCAGUUUAUGAAUUUUUAGCAGAACUAAAGACCAGAGCUUAAUAUAGAAUAGUUUGUAAUUUCUCUAACGGUAUAUUUAUUUUGUGGAA